AUGCCGCAUGAAGAAGAUUCCCCUAUAGUUGAUAGGUCAUUUAAUCCAUCAUACAAAGAUUAUUUUAGAUUUGAUUGUGAACAUUUACUUCAGUAUUGUGGAAAAGUGAAUGAGAGCCAAACAGAAGAUCAAAAUGAAUCUAUAUUAGAAGCAAGGUUAAAAGAGAUAGAAGCAAGAUGGGCAAAAGUAGAUACUUCUUAUCAAAAAGUAAUGUUAUCUCAAGAUGACACAAUUGAUAUAGAAUUUAAAAACCAAGCAAGAGAUGCAUUUGAUUCUUGUACAGAAGCAUAUGUCCAAACCACAUCACAAGUUGUUGAGUUCCUUAAAAGCAUGCGCUUAGAUACAGUACAAAUGCCAAUGUUCCAAUCAACAUCUCGACCUUCAAUACCAUAUCAAAAUCAAAUGAACGAUAGUUCAAGUAUCUGUAUUAAACUCCCACCAUGCGACACAGAAAUAUUUAAAGGUAGUUAUGAACAAUGGCCCUCGUUUAAAGACAUGUUCACUGCAGUUUAUAUUAAUCAUUCAAAACUUACUCCUAUAACCAAAUUAUAUCAUCUCAGAAACAAAACAAGAGGUGAAGCAGGAGCUAUAGUAAAACGAUAUGCAUUGUCCAAUGAUAAUUUUGAGUUAGCUUGGAAUGCGUUAAAAACUAGAUACGAAAACAAACGAGUUUUGGUCGAUAACCAAAUCAAAAUAUUGUUUGAUAUACCAGCCGCAAUUAAUGAAGAUAGUGAGUCCAUAAGAAAAAUACAGUCGUCAGUAAACGAUUCAUUAGUAACACUCAGUACGCUAGGAGUAGAAGUAAAUAGUUGGGAUCCCAUUUUAAUUCGUUUAGUAUCAACAAAAUUACCGGAAUGUACUCUAGCAUUAUGGGAACAAAAUUUAACUUCUCCUCGUGAAUUACCAAAAUGGUCGCAAAUGUCACAAUUUUUAGUAGACAGAUAUGAAGCGGUAGAGCGACUAACAGGCAUUAAAACAACAAAAGACAGUUUUACUCUUUCCAAUAAAAAAUCUCAUAUACAAACAUAUACAUCGCAAGAAAACAUAUAUACGAAUUGUAAACUCUGUAAUAAUGAACAUUAUUUAAGGAAUUGUCCAAAAUUCAAAACGUUUUCAACGCAACAAAGAAUAGAUUUUGUCUUCAAAAAUAAAAUAUGUAACAAUUGUUUAAGUCCUUCACAUAUUAAGACGAAAUGUAGAAGUAAAAGAACAUGUUUUUACUGUAAGAAAGAUCACCAUUCAUUAUUGCAUAUUGCACACAAACCAUCAAUUACACCACAAAAUUCUGAAAAUAUUCAAAACAAUGGUAAUAGUAACCAUACUAAAAAUAAUAUUCAAAAUACAAAUACACAAGCUGAACAGACGAGUAAUUCUUACAAAGAUGAACCUGCAACUACUUCACAACGCGUUCAGGCAAACUGCUCGUCUAGCAACGAAAAUAUUUUAUUGCGUACAGCUUUGAUGCAAAUAGAGCAUCAAGGAGAAAUCUUUACGAUAAGAGCUUUGAUAGACCCAGGCACCCAAAGAACAUUUAUUACAGAAAAAAUAAGAAGUAAAUUAAAGUUGCCUUAUAGAAAUUCUCAUUUUGAAAUUAGUGGAAUAGGAGGUCAAAAACAAUCCGCAAAAAAAGAGUGUGAAUUUAUUUUAUAUGCAAAGAAAUAUAACCUACGAGUUCCAAUUAAGGCAAUCGUCUUGUCGAGUGUUACUAAUACACUACCAGCAGUUACGUUUAAAGUCCCAUAUUCUGCAGAACUUAAGAAAUUGGACUUAGCUGACCCAAAUUUUAAUAAAUCUUCCCAAAUCGAUCUUAUUCUUGGUAAUGAUUAUGAACAUUGUCUGAAUCUAGAAGGCAUAAAGAAAAAUAUAUGUGGCCAAACAUCAGCCUAUAAAACUAUAUUUGGAUGGGUGCUUAGCGGACCAAUAAGAGCUGAAACUGUUCAAUCAUUCUCAACUGCGGUUACUUCAUCAGAAUCUUCAGAAGUCAGUACACUAUUGAGAAAAUUUUGGGAGCAAGAAGAAAUACCCAAAACCCGCCUUACGUCAGAAGAAGAUGAUUUUGUUGAACAAUUUUACACUCAAACAACUACUCGAAGCAAAGAUGGACGAUAUAUUGUAAGGUUACCUUUUAAAAAAGAGUAUCACGAAUCAGUAUAUUUAGGAUCAUCUAGAUUUAUCGCAUUAGCUCAAUAUGCCAGUAUGGAAAAAACUUUAGGAAAAAAUAAUGAAUUGCAAGCUUAA